AUGCCAUUUAAAGUACCUGAAGCAGCUAAAUGUCCUAAAUGUAAUCAAAGUGUUUUUGCUGCAGAAGAAGUUCCUGCAGCUGGAAAAAAAUUUCACAAAAUGUGUUUUAAAUGCGCAAUCGUUCGUUGCCCAAAAUGUAAUCAGCCUGUUUAUCAUGCUGAAGAAGUUCCAGCGGCAGGUAAAAAAUGGCAUAAAACAUGUUUCAAAUGUGGUCUUUGUAAGAAGAUGCUCGAAUCAACGACACUUGCUGAACAUGAAGGCAAUUUAUUUUGUAAACAAUGUUAUGCUCGUAAAUUUGGUCCUAAAGGUGUUGGUUUCGGUGGUGGAGCAGGUUGUCUUGGUAUGGAUACAGGUGAACAUCUUGGUAAUAAAUCCGGUUCAGAAAUGACAAAUAAACCGAAUUAUGCUGCACCACCUGGUGCUGGUCAACAUGACUAA